CGGGCGAGGACACUGUUGAGGAUGCUGGGAUAUAUCUGGCAGUGUUUCUAUUCCUCCUGUCUGCGCUUCUGGUUGAAGUGGUUCCUCCGGCUGGUCACGGGAAGAUGUGAACUUCAGCGCAUUUGUGCCCGAUGCAAAGCUGGAGCUCUGAGGACUUCCCAGAUAGAAUAUUCUCUGAAAUCCUCCAAAAGCAAGGUUUUGCAAACAGCUUUAUCUCUGAAGCAGAAUGAAUUGGACGACCGCCUGGCACAAAUAAUCCAGGAGAAGAGAAUCAAGGAGCAGAAAGACCCCACGUUUAAGGUCAAUCUUCGUCAGUGCUUGUUACAAAUAAACGGAUAUAAUGAGCUGUUCCAGGAGGUGGAAGAGCUGAGGAAGGAGGUGUUUGACUCUGAAAAUGAGCAGCAUGAGAACAUGCUUCUGAAGCUUUGGGAUUUGCUGAUGCCAUCCGUGAAGCUGGAAUCCAGGAUCACCAAGCAGUGGGGAAACAUCGGCUUUCAGGGCGACGAUCCCAAGACGGAUUUCAGAGGAAUGGGGAUGCUGGGACUCACAAACCUGCUUUUUUUCAGUGAGAAACACACAGACGCAGCCCGGCAGGUUCUGUCACAUGCAAAUCACCCCACACUCGGGUCAGUGCUCAUUCAGAAACAUCAUAUCAGCACUAUCAAUCUGCUCUUUUUAUUAUUCAUAACUCAAGUGUGUGUUUGCAGGUAUUCAUAUGCCAUCGUGGGCAUCAAUCUGACAGAGAUGGCCUACAGUUUAAUGAAGUCGGAUGCUCUGAAGCUUCAUUUCUAUAACAGUGUGUCUGGAAAAGCAGAAAUGCAGCACUUCCAUCAGUUCUACUGUUACCUGGCGUACGAGUUCGAUAAGUUCUGGUUGCAGGAGGAGCCGGAGAGCAUCAUGGAGUUUAAUCGCUACAGAGAAAAGUUCCACGACAAGGUCAAAGGUCACCUUCAGGAGCCAGAGGUCACACUCACCCUGACCCCAAACAUAUAAAAUUGAUUCCUGAUCCAUUCCAGAUCAAUUCAGAGACCAGACAAACCACAGCCGUUCUGUUUGUUUUGGCUGAUUUUUAGUUUAAUUGUUCAACGUGCAUGAAACCUUAUUUGAAUAAUAAUUCAACCGCGGUGUAAACGGUACAUCAAGUGUACAUAGCUGGUGGUUUAGCUGCGUUUACCUGGUCAGGGAACAGACUCACACUGUUAAGUAUUACUCAUAAUAAAUUAAAGCAAGACACUGCUGGUGAAAAAACUAAAUAACUAAAAAUCAUAAUAUUUAUAACAUACGUCUCCAGUUAAUUGACUGAUUACAGAAUUGCUAAAUGUUUUUUGUAUUAUUAAUGUUUUAAAAAUGAUUUUAAGACGUGCAAUUGAGUUUUUGUUUCAUUAAAUACGAUCUCAUUUCUAUCAGAAAUAUUUGAAGUCUGGAGGAAAUUGGGUUAGAAAUUGUUUUAUUUGUUUUGUUCGAAAGUCAUUCAAGGCCAUGCAUUAUUAGAUUUUUCUUUUUACUUAUCACAACUUAAUUUAAUUGUAAA